AUGUAUCAUUCUAGUAGCACCAUGAACAAGAUCCUCUCAAUCGCUUCUCUCCUAGCUGCCCUGUUGGUACGUAAUGUUUCCGCCCAGCAGCCCGAGCUUCUUCAGAAUGCAUUUGAUGCAAUUGACGGAAAGGGGGUUCCUGUUGCAGGUGGCUGGAAUAAUAAAUUGAUAGGUGGCGACAAUGUGGGACAAUACUUUCUUUUUCUUCCAGAACAUUGGCUAGCGGUCUUUGGCUCCUUUCCUGAAGCAAGCGAAUUGUCUGGAGCAACCUAUGAAGUGCGAUGGCAACGAAACGGUCAAACCAUGGGGGGAGCAACUGUGAGGGUUUGGAAGUCGCAGGAGAGCCGUCCAGAAAUUGGUAUUCCUGUAGGGUUUGAGCAUGGAAGGUUUGAUCCUUUUGGAGAAUCUGCCAAAGGGCAGUGGCAAACUGGUGAUGUCAUUUACCCUCUCGUUGGAGCCGAAAAUGAUGGUGGUGGAAACACAGGUGGCGAUCCUCACUUCACUACCUGGAGCAAUGAGCACUACGAGUACCAUGGACAGUGUGAUCUCACCUUGGUCAAGGAUGCCGAUUUUAUCGAAGGCAAGGGAUUGGACAUUCAAAUCCGUACCAAGGUCGUUCGCUUCUGGUCCUAUAUCAAGUCCGUUGCCAUCAAGAUUGGAGACGACAUUCUUGAGAUCGAAGGCUCCCCUAAUGCCGAUGAUGCUGAAGCUCACUACUGGAUCAACUACGAGUAUCAAGGCGACCUUGACACUUUCGCAGGCUUCCCUGUGACUCAGGAACUUCCCUCUGUUUACAAGCGUCAUUACAUCAUCAAGGUGAACGAGAGUACUUCCAUUGUUGUCCAACUUUACAAGGAGUUCGUCCGUGUCAAGUUCAACGGUGACCAAUCCGUCUUUGGAAACACUAUCGGUCUUCUUGGAAACUACAAGACCGGACAGCUUCUUGCCCGCGAUGGAUCCACCGUCAUGGAUGACUUUGCUGAGUUUGGAGACGAAUGGCAAGUCCUUCCUUCCGAGCCAAGGCUCUUCCACGAAGUUUCCGAACCUCAAUUCCCUGAGCUGUGCAUCAAGCCGGAAGAUCCCCGCGGAGAACGCAAGCGUCGCUUGGCCGAGUCGUCGAUCUCCAUUGAAGCCGCUGAAGCCGCCUGUGGAUCUGCUUUGACUGACCCUCUUACCAUCAAGGACUGCGUCUAUGACAUCUUGGCCACUCAAGACCUGGAUAUGGUCGGUGCAUUCUAA